AUGUACACUGAUCAUCAGGGCACUGAUGAACAAUAUGCCUUGAUGAUCAGUGUAGCCCCAGCAGUGCCACCUGUCAAUGAUGAUCAGUGUGCCCUGAUGAUCAGUGUAGCCCCAGCAGUUCCAACUGUCAGUGUCCAUCAAUGCCAGCUUCAGUGCUCAUCAGUGCCACCUGCCAGUGCCCAUCAGUGCCACAUCAAUGCCCCAUAUCAGUGCCUACCAGUGCACAUCAAUGCAACAUAUCAGUGCCCAUCUGAGCUGCCUUUCAGUGUCACUUAUCAGUGCCAGUCAGUGCCACCUGUCAAUGCCAGUCAGUGCCACCUAUCAGUGCUGCCAAUCAGUGCCACCUAUCAGUGCCAGUCAGUGCCGACUAUCAGUGUGCAUCAG